AAGCCACAUCUGUUUUGGCAUGAAAUCUCCAGAAGAGAUGCGUCAGCAAGCUCACAUUCAAGUGGUCAGCAAAAACUUGUAUAGUCAGGACAACCAUCACUCUCCGCUGCAGUAUGGAGUACUUGACCAUCGCAUGGGCACCAGUGAAAAAGACCGACCUUGUGAAACGUGUGGAAAAAACCUAGCUGAUUGUUUAGGACAUUAUGGGUACAUUGACUUAGAACUGCCGUGUUUUCAUGUUGGAUACUUCAAAGCUGUCAUAGGCAUCUUACAGAUGAUCUGCAAAACCUGUUGCCGUAUCAUGCUGUCAGUAGAAGAAAAAAAACAAUUUUUGGAUUACCUGAAACGACCUGGCCUUACAUAUCUUCAGAAGAGAGGGCUGAAGAAGAAAGUGUCUGAAAAGUGCAGAAAGAAAAACACUUGUCCUUACUGUGGUGCCUUUAACGGAACUGUGAAGAAGUGUGGCUUGUUGAAAAUAAUACAUGAAAAGUACAAGACCAAUAAGAAAGUGGUAGAUCCAAUAGUAUCUACUUUUCUCCAGUCCUUUGAAACUGCCAUUGAACAUAACAAAGAAGUAGAACCCUUACUGGGAAGAGCUCAGGAAAACUUGAAUCCAUUAGUAGUAUUGAACCUCUUUAAAAGAAUCCCCGCAGAAGACAUCCCUUUGCUUCUAAUGAACCCAGAAGCCGGCAAACCUUCAGAUUUGAUCCUCACAAGACUCUUAGUGCCUCCACUGUGCAUCAGACCCUCAGUUGUGAGUGACCUCAAGUCUGGCACCAACGAAGAUGACUUGACAAUGAAAUUGACGGAGAUCAUUUUCCUCAAUGAUGUAAUAAAAAAGCAUAGGAUAUCGGGAGCCAAAACACAGAUGAUCAUGGAAGACUGGGACUUCCUUCAGCUGCAGUGUGCCCUGUACAUCAACAGUGAGCUCUCGGGAAUUCCUCUCAACAUGGCACCUAAAAAAUGGACCAGAGGUUUUGUUCAGAGACUUAAAGGAAAGCAAGGUCGGUUUAGAGGCAAUCUGUCUGGAAAGCGAGUGGAUUUCUCUGGCAGAACUGUCAUUUCACCUGAUCCCAACUUAAGAAUAGAUGAAGUAGCAGUGCCUAUUCAUGUUGCUAAAAUACUAACCUUUCCUGAAAAGGUGAACAAAGCGAAUAUUAAUUUUAUGAGGAAACUUGUCAGUAACGGUCCUGAUGUUCAUCCUGGAGCGAACUUCAUACAGCAAAGGCACACACAGAUGAAAAGAUUUUUAAAAUACGGAAACCGAGAAAAGAUGGCCCAAGAGCUGAAGUUCGGUGAUAUCGUGGAGCGACAUCUUAUAGACGGUGACAUAGUCCUGUUCAACCGACAGCCCUCUCUUCAUAAGCUGAGCAUUAUGGCUCACAUUGCUAGAGUAAAACCUCACAGGACGUUCAGAUUUAAUGAAUGUGUCUGUACACCAUACAAUGCAGACUUUGAUGGAGAUGAGAUGAACCUUCAUCUUCCUCAGACAGAAGAAGCAAAAGCAGAAGCACUUGUUUUAAUGGGGACUAAAGCAAACUUGGUAACGCCAAGAAAUGGAGAACCCCUCAUUGCUGCUAUUCAAGAUUUCCUCACAGGUGCUUAUCUUCUUACAUUAAAAGAUACCUUUUUUGAUCGAGCCAAAGCCUGUCAAAUUAUUGCUUCUAUCCUGGUUGGCAAGGAUGAAAAGAUUAAAGUUCGUCUUCCACCUCCAGCAAUUCUGAAGCCUGUAACACUCUGGACAGGAAAACAGGUUUUCAGCCUCAUCCUCAAACCCAGUGAUGAUUGUCCUGUAAAAGCUAAUCUACGAACCAAGGGCAAGCAGUAUUGCGGCAGAGGGGAAGACCUGUGUUACAAUGACUCUUAUGUCACAAUUCAAAACAGUGAGUUAAUGAGUGGCAGCAUGGACAAAGGAACCUUAGGUUCAGGAUCCAAGAACAACAUCUUCUACAUCUUACUGAGAGACUGGGGACAGGUAGAAGCUGCAGAUGCCAUGUCACGACUUGCCAGACUUGCUCCCGUCUAUCUCUCUAAUCGUGGCUUUUCAAUUGGAAUUGGUGAUGUAACUCCUGGGCAGGGCCUGCUAAAAGCGAAGUAUGAGCUCCUGAAUGCUGGCUAUAAGAAAUGUGAUGAGUAUAUUGAAGCUCUGAACACUGGCAAGCUACAACAGCAGCCUGGAUGUACUGCAGAAGAGACACUAGAGGCCUUAAUCCUUAAAGAGCUGUCUGUUAUCAGAGAUCACGCUGGCAGCGCCUGUCUCAGAGAACUGGACAAGAGCAACAGUCCCCUUAUCAUGGCCCUCUGUGGUUCUAAAGGUUCCUUCAUUAAUAUAUCCCAGAUGAUUGCUUGUGUAGGUCAGCAGGCUAUCAGUGGGUCCCGAGUCCCUGAUGGAUUUGAGAACAGAUCCUUGCCUCACUUUGAGAAGCAUUCUAAGCUCCCAGCAGCAAAAGGCUUUGUUGCUAAUAGCUUCUAUUCUGGGCUGACUCCAACUGAAUUUUUCUUUCAUACAAUGGCUGGUCGAGAAGGUCUGGUUGACACGGCUGUAAAAACGGCCGAAACGGGAUAUAUGCAGAGGCGGCUGGUUAAAUCACUUGAAGAUCUUUGCUCGCAGUAUGAUUUAACAGUCAGAAGUUCUACUGGUGACAUUAUACAGUUUAUUUAUGGAGGAGAUGGCUUGGAUCCUGCAGCCAUGGAAGGGAAGGAUGAACCCCUGGAAUUCAAGCGAGUUCUAGACAAUAUCAGAGCUGUGUAUCCAUGCCGAAGUGAGCCAGCCCUUAGUAAAAACGAAUUGGUGUUAACGUCCGAGUCCAUCAUGAAGAAGAAUGAAUUUCUUUGCUGCCGAGACAGUUUUCUACAG